AGCGAAGAGAAACGACUCGCUUUUCGAUUCGCGAUUUAAGCAAGAAAAAAAGAAAAAUAAAGAGAGAGAGAGAGAGAGAGAAAAUUAAUAGGAAAAAGAAAGCAGGGGAACGAGAAACUGGGAAAUGGCAGAGUUGAGAUCGGACUCUGCAAUAUCUCGCCGAGUCGUUCGCGCCUUCUUGGACUUCCUCAAGUCCGUCCAACCAGCCCCUGGCGUUGAUCUUGAAGGUCUUGAUGUUGCUAGAGAAUGUUUGGAAGAGUGUUUUAAGCUCAAUUCUUUUUCAAGUGAUGACGGGGUACCACCUGGUAUGCUGAUUAAGUUGUUCUCUUCAUUGGAAAAUGGUGCACAAUGUAAGGAAAAAUCAACAGUUAGCCCUUUGAUGCGAGAGAGUACAUCAUGUACAACCUCUUAUUCUCAUCAAGUCAAAGAUUCCACUGAUACCGAAGUCAAAGCAUCAAAUGUUGAAGAUCAGGCUAGAGGCCCCUAUGUCUUGGAAGGAGGGUGCAGGGAUGAACUAUUCUCGAAGUUUUUUGCUGCACUCGAUAAAAUCAACUUCUUUAAAACAUCACCCAAUGGAGUUGAGGAUUCUGCCCAAGUAGCAAAAGCAACAGAGUUAUUUAAUGAUGUAUUAAUGGAGAUGGAGAAUUGUGAAGCACAGACCAUAAACCUUAACAAUCUUGCUGAGAUGUUUAAAUUGAAAGGUAACCGGUCCAUGCAGUCGAAGUCAUACUUAGAAGCUAUUGAACUAUAUACCUGCGCCAUAGCACUUGAUGAGAGGAAUGCUGUUUACUACUGUAACAGGGCUGCAGCUUUCACUCAGAUAAAUGGGUAUGCUGAAGCAAUUCAAGACUGCGUAAAGUCAAUUGAGAUCAAUCCAAGUUACAGCAAGGCAUAUAGCCGCCUUGGUCUUGCUUAUUAUGCCCAAGGGAACUAUAGUGAUGCUUUAAAGGGUUUCUUGAAAGCUUUGCAGUUGGAUCCAAAUAAUGAUUCAGUGAUUGAAAACAUUCGGGUAACACAACAAAAACUGAGGGAACAACAUCAACAGGCAGAAGCUGCUCAGAACGCUGGGUCACAUCAUGGGCAACAUUCAUUUUCAUUUUCCUUUGAUGCUUCCAACCCUCAGUAUCCUGGCCACAGUGCCUCAAAUUCAUUCUUUUCAUUUCGUCCUCCAACUCCACCGCCUCCAGAGUCUCCUGCUCCACCCCCGCCUCCAGAGUUUGCAGCUCCACCCCCGCCUCCAGAGUUUCCUGAUACAUCUCAGUCCAGUACUCAAUCAGCAGGAUCAACACCCGAGACCACCCCAUUUCCAACUUUUCCCUUUAACGCAUCCGUUCCAGAGGUUGGCGAUAUAUUCAGAGCAGCUACAGAAGCAGCAGCUUCUUCGGCACCUCAGUUUGCUGAAGUUUUGAGGAACAUGGGUUCCCCUGCCCAGGGGCACCAGAGUCAUGAGAGAAGACCUGAUGGGCCUGAGAUUAGAACGGAUGAACCGCCAAGCUUCAGCUUUGGAGAAGCACCACAGCAUGUACAAGAUGUUUUGAGGUCUGUGAUGGGGAUGUUCUCUUCACAGCACGGAUCACAGCAAGACAUGCACAGAGGUGAUAAUGGAGCUUAAAGGACAAUCUCUGUUCUUUCCCCCCCGUUACUUGUUUUGCUUCAUGGGUUGCAUGCUUGUUGAAAUAUUGGCUAUCUUUAGACUUAUUGCUCGUUUGUAUUGAGUUUGACGACUUUAAUGAUGUUAACUUCAGUAAUAUGGCUGAAUAAUUGAGUAUCUUCUGCGUAGAGGCUGAAGCCUCGGGCACUGUAUAUACCUGUGAAUGUAAAGAUUUAGGACUUUUUUCAAUUUUA